AUGUCGGGCACGACACACGAUCCUAGACUGCUCUACAGCGUCAACAAUAUCCGCGCAUUCCAUAUCCAGGAUGGCGAAGAGCAAGAGUUGACACCGUCUGGCCCGCAGACGCUCUCCUUGCUCAUGGUCCCUACAUCCACUUCGGCGCCGACGCCACCUUAUGCCGCCAGUGCGGGCACAGAGACACCGGAGGAGGAUUUCUACCUUCACCUCUAUCUCCCGCCGGAGCUCGAUCUUGCGCUGCCCGCUACUACUCAAAUCUUCUAUCAGCCGCCCGACAGCUACCUAAUCCCCCGCUGGGACAUGGCGCCCGAAGUGGGCGCCUUUAUUCGAAUCCAGUUCCCCCAGAUUGGCGCAGGCCCGACCAAUGUCACACAAGACGACGUUGACACCUUUGAAACCAUUCUCGCACAAUGUACUGCCUUCCUCGAUCGUUCUCCCCCCAGCGGCAAGUCUGACGGCCACGCCGCUUACAACCCCGCAGACUAUGCACCGGGCGAGGGGUAUGUUUCGUCUUCCGCCGACAAGAAGGGUGACCAUGCGCAUGGGAAGAUCGUAUUAGUGGACGAGGAGGAUGGUAGCGUGGUUGGCGAAUUGGGCGAUGGGUACAAUGUGGUGGAAGAUCCGGAUGUGAAGCCUGGGUCUAAACGCCCCGUUGGAAUUGAACUCCCUAGCGAAGGCGAGGGCAAUCGAGUGAGCGUGAGCAAUGUGUCCGAAGAAUACCUGGCGAUGUCGCGACACCCUGCGUAUCAGAACUCGACAAUUGUUCAGACCUCUGCCACAGCAUCUCGCCUGGUGGUCAUGGGAUCGACCUAUCUGGCCAAUGCCCUCACCAGCGGUGCAGACAGUUUCACUAAGAAGGUGAAGCCCAACCAGAAGCCCGUUACCUUUUCCGACGCCACUCAUGCCCGGAUCCGUAAGGUGGGCACGUUUUCGACCGGAGCGGCGGAUCUUUCCUCCAAGACACUUGGUCAAGUAGAACGAUAUGCCCAGAAUUUGGGCGCCUCCUUGUCGCGCAAGGAUGCUUCGCGACCGAAGGGAUUCGACAAGAGAAACCCGCCGUCCGACUACAAGCCCGGCGUGUUGAACAAGUCGAUGAUCGCCUUCUCCACCCUGGCGGAUGGGAUCCAAGAGGGUGCAAAGAACAUGCUUCUUACCAGCUCGCAGGCGGCUAGCACGAUGAUCGGGCACAAAUAUGGCGCCGAGGCCGGCACCGUGGCGACGAAUCUCACCGGUGGCAUCAAGAACGUCGGAUUGGUGUAUAUCGAUGCGACCGGCGUCAGUCGGCGAGCACUGCUGAAGUCGGUGGCUAAGGGCAUGGUGGUUGGGCGCAUGCGGGACGGUCAACAGGUGGUGGUGGGCGCCGGUGACGGGGGACAGCUCCCCCAUGACGCGCAGGCCGGACCGUCGAGCUUCGCGCGGGAUCCAGUUGCCCGGGGACCAUCGCCGAACCCCACACCUCCUCCUGCAUACGAUGCAUCAGGAACACUAUCGCUCGGCGGCACGCCCAUGUCAGGGGCCAAGCGGUAA